AACCUGGAAGCAGACACAAAUGAAAAUGUCUCUGGUGCUCCGAGCUUUUUGCUUUUUGAACCUGCUGGUCUCAAUCAGAUGUGCCACCAGACUCUAUUUUUUGGGAAUUCGGGAAAUUGAGUGGGAUUACAUUCCGACUGGCAGGAAUGAAAUAACAGGACAAAACUUCACAGAGGACGAAAAAGCUGCUAAUUUCCUCUCCGGAGGUGCAGAUAGGAUAGGCAGUGUUUAUAAGAAAGCAGUGUAUAAACAAUACUCUGACACCACGUACAGCACUGAAGUGACCCAGCCUGCUUGGCUCGGGUUCCUGGGGCCGUUGAUCAGAGCUGAAGUGGGGGAUGAGAUCAUCAUUCACCUGAAAAACUUUGCCUUGCGGCCUUACUCCAUCCAUCCGCAUGGUGCCUUCUACAAGAAGGACUCUGAAGGUGCUCUGUACCCAGACCUGACAUCUGGCAGUGCUAAGCUGGAUGAUGCCGUUCCUCCAGGCGGGUCCCACAAAUACACCUGGCAUGUGGACGCAGACCACGCCCCAACAGCUGACGAUCCCAGCUGUCUGACGUGGGCCUACCACUCCCAUGUGGACGCACCUCGAGACAUCGCAUCCGGCCUGAUUGGGGCGCUGCUCACCUGCAAGCCAGGCAUCUUAGAUGGUGUGUCUUUAACUCAUUCCGAUGUGGACAAGGAUUUCCUGUUGAUGUUUAUGAAUGUCGACGAGAACCUGAGUUGGUACCUCGAGGAGAACAUUCAGAGGUUCUGCAGCGAUCCCGGGACCGUGGACCGAGAUGACGAGCUGUUCAGAGACAGCAACAUCAUGCACUCUAUCAACGGCUACAUGUAUGGAAAUCUACCCGGCUUGGAGAUGUGUGCAGGAAACUCAAUAUCGUGGCAUUUAUUGGGGAUGGGAAGCGAGGCAGACAUCCACACUGCCUUCUUCCAUGGGCAGGCACUGACUGUGAGACACCAGCGCACUGACGUGGUCAGUCUGUUUCCAGCCACUUUUGUGACUGCCGAGAUGGUGCCCAGGAACAUCGGGAAAUGGCUUUUGAGCUGUAAUGAACACCUGCCAGCUGGUUUAGGAGCCCUGUUUAAUGUGAAGGAGUGUUUCAAGAUGUCUUCAGUUAAUCAUUUGAUGGAGAAAGUUCGAAAAUACUUCAUCGCUGCCCAGCAAGUGCUGUGGAAUUAUGGGUCUUCGAGGACAGAGAAAGACGCUGGGCAGGCUUUGGAAAAGGAUAGUAGCUAUUCUGAUCGUGGCGAGGACAGACUCAGUGGGGUAUAUUGGAAAGCGCAGUAUGUGGAAUAUACUGAUGAAACGUUUUACACUGAAAAACUCAGGACUGCUUCUGAAGAGCACCUGGGGAUACUUGGCCCAGUGAUAAAGGCGGAAGUCGGAGAUACGAUCUUGGUCACUUUCUUAAACAGAGCGUCCCGACCUUACAGUAUCCAGCCACAUGGUGUCAUUUACAAGAAAGAGUCUGAAGGAACCCGGUACAAUGAUGGUGUUUCGGGAGACGGGGAGUCUGUGGAACCUCUUCAGAGGUUCACUUACCAAUGGACUGUGCCUGAGUAUGCCGGACCGACCCCUAGAGACCCGCCCUGUUUGACCCGGAUGUACUUCUCAGCAGUGGAUACCGUCAGAGAUACAAACUCAGGGCUGGUAGGGCCGCUGCUCAUCUGCAAAGCUGGCACUCUGACAAGUGGGAACCACCAGAAAGAAGUAGACAAGGAGUUUUUCCUGCUGUUCUCAAAGUUUGAUGAAAAUCUAAGCUGGUAUCUGAGACAGAGCCUGAACCACGCCUCUGUGAACGUCAACAACAUCAAUUUCGAAGACACUGGGUUCAGGGAAUCCAACGUCAUGAACGCGAUCAAUGGCUUCUCUUACAACACCCUGCCGGGGCUGCAGAUGUGCCAGGGGAGCAACGUGUCGUGGCAGCUGCUGGGCCUGGGCAGUAAGGAGGAUUUCCAUUCCGUGGUGUUCCAGGGAAACACCCUCCAGCUCCAUGGCAGACACAGAGACUCGCUCACGUUGCUGACUCACACCUCCGCAUCGGCUCUGAUGCAGCCAGACAGCAUUGGCAGUUUUGGGAUCAUCUGUCAAACGAGUGGAAUGAAGCAGGAGUACCAGGUUCUCAAGUGUAACGAAGACGAAGCCCCUUCACUGCCGCGCUACAGGAUGCAGCCGACAUACUACCUGGCAGCUGAGGAGAUGGAAUGGGAUUACUCUCCGGAGCGGGUCUGGGAGCUUGAGAAAAUGAACAGCUCUGCCCAGGACAGUUACGGCCACGUCUUUGUUGGCAAAGAGGAGGGUCUGAUUGGGUCAAAGUACCAGAAAGUUGUGUACAGAGAAUAUACAGACGGGACCUUUACAACACGCAGAGAACGAGCAGCCGAUGAGGAGCAUCUGGGAAUACUGGGUCCCCUGAUCCGGGCUGAGGUUGGAGAUAUUAUUUUGAUAGUUUUUAAAAAUAAAGCCUCCCGCAAGUACUCUCUACAUGCACAUGGUGCCCAGGAGACCAACAGAGGCGAUAUCCCUGCCGCUGAGCCAGGGGAGAUAAUUACAUACAGAUGGAAUAUCCCAGAGAGGUCUGGACCCGGCCCAGCGGACUCUGCUUGUAACGCAUGGGCCUAUUACUCUAUGGUAGACCCAGUAAAGGAUUUGCACAGCGGCUUGAUUGGUCCUUUAAUCACAUGUCGGAAAGGUAGCCUUAAUGCAGAGGGAACCAGGAAAGACGUUGACAGAGAAUUCAGCCUCCUCUUUUUAAUUUUUGAUGAGAAUCAGUCCUGGUACCUCGAGAAAAAUAUAAAAAUGUACAACAAAAAAGAAAUCAGUGAAAUCAGUCAGCAAAAUGAAAGGUUUCGUGAAAGCAAUAAAAUGCAUGCAAUAAAUGGGAAGAUUUAUGGUAAUUUACACGGACUUGAAAUGUAUGAGGGAGAACGAGUAGACUGGUAUCUCCUAGGAAUGGGACAAGAGAUUGACAUGCACACAGUCCACUUUCAUGCUGAGAGCUUUACAUAUGUGGACGGGACACCCCACCGGGCAGAUGUGUUCGAUUUGUUCCCGGCCACCUUCCAGACGAUCGAGAUGGCCGUUAAGAACCCAGGCACCUGGCUGCUUCACUGCCAUGUCACUGAUCACAUCCACGCAGGCAUGGAGACCACGUACACAGUGCACCCCAAGAGAGGCAAGGAACCCUGGGAGACUUCUGUACCUGAACUAUAG